UACUCACCAUGUCUUUAACGGCUUUCACUUCCUCUGCAGUUUCGAGAAGCGUUGGUGUUGCCACUCGCUCGGCGUUGUUGCGGCCAGGUGCUGUUCAUGGUCUUCGUUCGUUAAAGACAUCUGCCCCGGCACAAAUUUCUUCGUCACCACCAGCUUUGGUGGAUCCGCAACUCCCGACGACUAAACUCGCUAUGCGAGGUUCGAACCAGCUCAGCUUGGAGACGCCGCAGAACAAGGCUGAGUAUGUAUUGUCGACGCUGGACAAGGUCGUGAAUUGGGCUCGACAGGGUUCGAUGUGGCCUAUGACGUUCGGUCUUGCAUGUUGUGCCGUGGAGAUGAUGCACAUGGCCGCAGCACGUUACGACCAGGACCGUCUCGGAGUCGUGUUCCGAGCAAGCCCUCGCCAGUCCGAUAUCAUGAUCGUUGCGGGUACUCUUACGAAUAAGAUGGCACCAGCGUUAAGGAAGGUGUAUGACCAGAUGCCCGAACCUCGAUGGGUCAUUUCUAUGGGCUCGUGUGCGAAUGGCGGUGGUUAUUACCACUAUUCGUACUCUGUUGUCCGAGGCUGUGAUCGUAUCGUACCCGUGGAUAUAUACGUUCCCGGCUGUCCCCCGACCGCAGAAGCUUUGCUGUACGGCAUGCUCCAAUUGCAGCGCAAGAUGCGUAGAAACCGUAAAUCAGCUUUGUGGUACCGAAAGUAAUACAUAACCCCACUUGUCAUUUUUGCUUGUGUAGAUAGCAAACUUCACAUGGUUAUGCAAAUCCAUAUUUUAC